AUGAGUAAGAAACUUACAAGCACGUUGUCAGAGAUUGACACGACAUCUGCUGCUGAUAUAUCGAAGGACUCCCAAUUUAGUGCGGUCAGUGGAGAAUCUCCACGAAUUUUUCCUAUCUACAUAUGCAUAAAUGAAUAUAGCAAGAGAAUGGAGGAUGAGCUUGAUAUGAAGCCUGGUGAUAAAAUUCAAGUGAUUACAGAUGAUAGAGAAUACAACGAUGGCUGGUAUUUCGGUUUAAAUUUAAGAACAAAGGAAGAAGGUCUUUAUCCGGUUGUAUUUACUCAGAAAAUAAGUAAUGAAAGGAAGCCAACUUUAAUGAGAGCCAAGUCUUUGAAGAGAAUGAAUAGCAUGAAUGGUAUGUCUGAUAGUAAUACGUCUUUAGUUCCUUCAGCUGCUGACUCAUCUGCUGACCUUUCGAUUCCGCAAGUUGUAGAAGUUGCAGCUCCCGUUUCUGUGAACCAUGAAGUUCCAGGAGAAAGACAUGUAUCAGUGAAAAGUACUAUGAGUGAUAUUGAUAGAGCAUUACAAGACUUCCAGAUAGAUGAAAACUCAGAAACCGAUAAAAUUAAUUACAAAGAAAGAGAUGAUGAUAGUCCUGUACAUAGUAUUGCUGGGGAGACUAUUUUUUCAGAGACAACUGACCUGAAUGUUGAAGAAGGUCCUUCAAGGUCACAAACUACAGGUACUGAUAGAAUCAAUAAUGGAGUUCAGGCAUCAUCUUCUCUGGAUGAUAUUAAUGGGAAAUCUGAAUUAGAUGUUGCAAAUGCCCAAAAUUGGACUCCAGAAGAGGUUACGGAAUACUUCAUCCAAUCUGGGUUCGAUGUUCAGUCAUCAUCAAGGUUUAAGCAACAUAAAAUAUCAGGUAAAAUUCUUUUUGAGUUAGAAUUAUCUCAUUUGAAAGAACUAGAUGUUAGUUCAUUUGGUACACGAUUUGAAAUGUUUAAAGAAAUCGCUGCCCUAAAGGAUGCUAUGGAGAUGGCAACCAGUGAUUCUCAAAAAAGAAAGAAAGAGUUAAUGCCAGCUGCAGAGAUGGAGCACAUCUCAGUUAACGGACAUGCCAGACCUGCAUCACAAUCUGUUGAAGAAUUGCCAAUGAGAAGUACUAGUUCUGCCGUAACACCUAAACAGAGGCCUACUUCUGUCUUAAUUAAUGGUAGACAGGCUAGUGAUUCUAACAUUGAAACACUGGAUUCAAAUAUUAUUAAUCCUGCAAGUUUUGCGUCUCCAAGAAGAGCUCCUAAACCACCAUCUUACCCAAGUCCAGCCCAACCUCCUAAAUCACCACUAGUAAAUAGAUUGGCGUCUCCUAUCAAUGCAAGUGAAUCUUUAGCCCAAUCUCCUUAUCGUACAUCAAGAACAAGCGGAUCUAAUGAACAUAUCUCCGGCACACCUAAUUCAAGAAAUUCCUACUCUAGAAAUACAAAAUCAGGAGUGUUUUCUCCAUUUGUUUCUGAGUCGAUAAAAGAAGAAAGAGAGGAUUCUAAUAAUAACAAAAGAUCAUCUGUGAUAUAUUCACCUCCGCAUGAAACAUCAAGUCGCAAUAAUGAAUCAAAGGAGUCUUUCGAGCUUGAUGAUCAGGAAGUAUCACCUGACGUUGGACAUGAAGAAGAGAAUGCCAACGGUGAUAGCAGCUUCGAAGAAGAAGAUAAUCAUGAUGCUAUCAGUGAUAGGCCAACAUCGAGUAUCUAUGCAACCUCUUCAGAUCAUGGUUCUUCGGAUGAGGAAAAGAUUAUCAAACCAAAGGUUGCGGAUAAAGAAAAGAAGAUUAAGAGAAAUUCUUCAGUUUUAUCAUAUUUUGCUCUUAAUAAGAGUGGUAAUGCUGUUGAUAGAUCAUUAUCUGUCAAUACAGGUAUAAGUAAGAGUAAUUCUUUGAAAUUAAAAAACAGGACUUCAUUUGUUACAAGCCCAUUUAGACAACAAUUUACUGAAAAUGCAGAACGUAAUUCUCCGAAAUCAGAUAAGCGUACUAAAGCAACUGUUACUGACGCUGAUCCAUCUGCUACUCCUAAAGUAGCUAGUAAAUCAAAAAAGGAUAAGAGAAGGUCUGUCAGUGCCAACGGUACCUAUCCAAACGAUACUGUAAGAGAUAUCUUAGGAACUGAUCAAAAUAAGAGAUCUGUAAGCGAGGCUGUUAAACCAAAGAAAUUGCGUGCCCUUAAGUCAAAGCCACCUCUGAAGAAACAAAGCACCUCUGCAUUUAUGGAAGGUAUUAGAAAUGUUAGUGUCGAUGAGGCAAUAAAAACAGCAGAUUAUUCUGGCUGGAUGAGUAAAAAAGGUAGUGGUAAAAUGAGCACGUGGAAAAAUCGUUUCUUCACUUUACAUGGAACCAGACUUUCAUAUUUCUCAAGCACAAGUGAUACAAGGGAGAGAGGUUUAAUCGAUAUUACAGCACAUCGUGUUGUACCUGCUAAGGAAGAUGAUAAAUUUGUUACGUUAUAUGCUGCAAGUACUGGUAAAGGUAGAUAUUGUUUCAAGUUAAUCCCACCUGCACCUGGUUCAAAGAAGGGCCUAACAUUUACCCAACCUCGUAUUCAUUACUUCGCGGUAGAUACUAAGGAAGAAAUGAGAGGUUGGAUGGCCACUUUGAUAAAAACUACUAUUGAUAUCGAUAAGACGGUACCAGUGAUCAGUUCUUAUACGACACCUACUGUUUCGCUAAAGAAAGCUAAAAUGAUGUUAGCGGAUGCUCGUGAAGAAACUAGAAAACGCGAAGAGGAGUUAUCAAAUAAUGCAAACGAUGAUGAAGCUCUAUGGAAUGAACAACAGAAGAAAUCAGGAUCUAGUAAUAAAAGGGACAAACACAAGAAAGACGGUAAUGAAAUUGAUGAGAGUACAACUGUAAGCGAAACACCGAAUUUAUCAAUCAAUACAUCAAGUGCAAUUACUGCAAGUACAGCUGUCAAUUCUAACGGUUUUGCCAGCCCGUACUUAUUGGCAUCUGGUGUAUUAUCGCCCAAUUUACCACAUAGUCCUGGCUUCCGCAAGGUCGGUAGCAAGGAAAAGAAAGGGACAGAAUAUUUUGAUUCUGAAGAUACCACUUUAACAGGUGCAAAAUUCUGA